AAGAAAAUAAACACUUUUAUCAAUGAAUGAAAUAAUUUUUCAGCGUAACGCAAAUAUAUUAUGUUCUGUAAUAUAAUUCUUAUUAAAUAAUAUUGUUUAAUUAUUUUAAAGCGUUCAUUUUUAUUGUAUGUUUGUGAUAUCUGUUCUGUAUUUCGUUACUCGAGUAACAUUGAAGAAGAACAGAGCGUAUCGGAAAUAUUCGAAAUUUCGUUUUGUGUAAAACGAUAAGAAAAAAACGUUCAAAAGGUCUUGAUAAAACUGGACUGGAUUGACCGGUAUGAAACGCGAUACGAACAUACAAACUUUGUACAUAACGAAAGAAAGUACAUCUCUCAUGAACUACUUUCAAAUCAGUGCUGUUAAUGGAGAUACGUAACAUCUGUUCGUAUUGUUUGUUAUAAAUAGAAGAAUUAUAGUGAAUAACAAGUGACAUCAUUUAUAGAAUACGAUACACAAUAUCAAAGAAACGUUUAGCAAUGCUUCGGAAUUGGUCCAGUUUAAAUCAGCGCAGCUUUCAAUUGGUUGAAAAUCUGCUAAUCAGUCAAACUCGAUGUAUAAAAGAACAUGUUAUCCGAAGAUUCCCUCCAGAAGUAUUUCGAGUUUCAAAUCGUAACCUAUACCUUUCGUGCACCUGUUGCAUUUCAAAAUCCAACAUGACUAGUGUAAUCCAUAAAAAUGUUUGGGAAACAGACCCAGAACUUUUUGAAUUGAUGGAGAAAGAGAAAAAAAGACAAACAUGUAGUCUUGAAUUGAUUGCUAGUGAAAAUUUUACAUCCCUUAGUGUAUUGCAAUGCUUAAGUUCAUGUCUUCAUAAUAAAUACAGCGAAGGUCUACCUGGACAUAGGUAUUAUGGAGGAAAUGAAUAUAUUGAUGAAAUUGAAUUGUUAGCACAAAAACGUGCUUUAGAAGCAUUUAACUUAAAUCCAGAGGAAUGGGGAUGUAAUGUACAACCAUAUUCAGGAAGUCCAGCUAACUUUGCUGUUUAUACUGGUUUAAUGCAGCCCCAUGAUCGUAUAAUGGGUUUAGAUCUUCCUGAUGGAGGUCAUCUUACUCAUGGUUUCUUUAAUGUAGUUAAAAAAGUUUCUGCAACAUCAAUAUUUUUUGAAUCAAUGCCGUAUAAAGUGGACCCUCAAACUGGUCUAAUUGAUUAUGAAAAGUUAGCUGAAAACGCGAGAUUAUUUAAGCCAAAAGUUAUAAUAGCUGGUGUAUCCUGUUAUAGUCGAUGUUUAGAUUACAAGCGUUUCAGGGAAAUAGCAAAUGAAAAUAAUGCUUAUUUAUUUAGUGAUAUGGCUCAUAUAUCAGGUUUAGUUGCUGCUCAAGUAAUUCCCAGUCCAUUUGAAUAUAGCGAUAUUGUAUCAACUACUACUCAUAAAACUUUAAGAGGACCUCGGGCUGGUGUAAUUUUCUACCGUAAAGGAGUUAAAAGUAUAGAGAAAGGAGAAAAAGUUAUGUAUGAUUUUGAGGAUAAGAUUAAUAAUGCAGUAUUUCCUUCAUUACAAGGCGGUCCACACAACCAUGCAAUUGCAGGCAUUGCAACAGCAAUGAAGCAAGUUAAAACUCCAGAAUUCCUUCAAUACCAAAAACAAAUUGUAGCUAAUGCAAAGAGACUCUGUUCUGGACUUCAAAAAUAUGGUUACAAAAUUAGUACAGAUGGUACAGAUGUACAUAUGUUACUAGUAAAUUUACGACCUGUAGGUCUUACAGGAGCGAAAGCAGAAAAAAUUUUAGAAGAUGUUUCUAUUGCCUGCAAUAAAAAUACUGUACCCGGUGAUAAAAGUGCGGUGAAUUGUAGUGGUAUUAGAUUAGGCACUCCAGCAAUAACUACUCGUGGUUUGGUCGAAGAAGAUAUUGAUAAAGUUGUUGAUUUUAUACACGAAGCUUUAUUACUUGCCAAGGAAGUAACAAAGAUUUCUGGACCUAAACUUGUUGACUUUAAAAAAGUACUGAGCACUGAUGAAUCUACAAAACAAAAAGUUGCAACUUUAAAGAAAAAAGUAGAAACAUUCUGCAGUCAAUUUCCCAUACCAGGCCAUGAAACAUAUUAAUCACAUGACAUCGUUUAUUUUUUAUACUAAUUUUUAUAUUAAUCUAAUAUCAUAAUAAAUCCAUUAUUAUAUA